AUGAGCCGAUUUAUGAUUAGAGCAGUAUUUUUUAGGCGGUACACUGCUGCAACCGUUGGUAAACCGUUCCGAAACGUUGCUGAAGUGAAGCAGUACUUGGCCAAACAGACGUGGUCAAUUGAUGAAAUACUCCAUGGAGAAGACACAGGUAAAGCAGCAAAACAAGGUGUGCCUACAGAGGAAGAAGUGCGGAAACUCCUAGCACUCUGUGCAUUUCCUGUAGAGGAUGCCGAUUUACAGAACAGCAAACGGAUAUUAGUUAAACAGUUGUCAUUUAUAAACAAACUACAUGAAACGUCUGUUGACGACCAGGAUAAGAACCUGGAUGAAAAUUAUGCCAGGUUGUUGCCACGUCAAAACAAAGCUCUUACAUAUGACGAUUUGCUGAAGAAGAUAGAUGGUAUCAAACAAGAUGAAGCGACUGGUGAACCAACUGGAAGUUGGGAUAGCACAGGAUUAGCAAAAAUGAGGAAAGAUAACUAUUUUAUAGUAAGGCAAGGUCUAUUGAAGAACCGAAAAUAA